GUUUCGGGAGAAGGGCAACCUUCAAAGAACUGAAUUGAAUAAAAUUGGUUUUAUUUUCAGAUUGCAAUGGCAAAUACUGGAAGAGAUUCAUCCAACCCUUUUCCGAAACCGUCUAAAAAGCCCGCGGGCAACCGGCCGAAAAGAAGAAGAAGUAGCCAGCUGCUGCUUCCGGCUCGGGUGAGAAGAAACUGGCCGCCACUGAGAGGAAGUCAGUUUAAGGUGACGUCCGUCAAGGCCAAGAACACUGCGGCCGCCGCCAAGAAGCCAGCCCGAAAAAGACCGCUUCCAGAAAGAGUGCCGCCGGUGCUGAUGGAUUCGACUAGGGACAAUACACAAAUGUUGAUCAAUGCCGUUUGUGAACUCCUAACGGAGCGGGACGAGGAAGCCGUUGGCGCAAAUAUGCAUGUCCGGAGACAGUUCUACCCCGUGCCCGGAGCCCCUGCGCCGAAGCCGCUCACAUUUUUUUAAAAAAUCGGUAAAGCAAAGGGUAUCAAGUAGCGAGCCCGUGUCAAAGGUACGACAAAGUGUUGGACAAAUCGGCUACCAGCGGUUCAAGGCCGAAAAGGAGAAGGUUGUGGUGGUAGAGGUGCCUCAGAAUGCGGGUAAGCCAAGAACGAAAUCGCCCGGAUGCGGAACAUUGCCCAAGUGAAAACGAUCCAAACUCUGCGAACGGGCUUUCCCGGACCGGAUGCCGUUUCAACCAGAGAGCUGAUAAAUGCUGCCAAGGCGUCGACGUCGUCGGUCGGAGAUUUCUAGAAGAAGCUGACCAACGAAAAGCAGGUCCGCGGAAUCGGCGUGAAGCGAAAGCGCGCAAGGUUAGCAAGGUGCUGAAAAAGAAGCCGCCGGUGACACUGGGGCUGCUGUCCACAAGAAGAA